AGCCUGCUGAAGCAAUUACUCAGCAGAGGAGUGUCCAGAUCCCGCAGAUACAGUUCUGAUAGAGGCAGGGCCUCAUGGACUAUGGCUCUCUUGUCCCAGGGGAGCCCAGGCAGCCUGCAGACACAGGUUCCCCAUGUGACCUUGGCAAAUCACUCAAGCCCAUAUCCUCAAACGUAGAGAGGUGCCUAACUCCCAUUGAUUCUAGGAGGAGUUCAGAGCCUAUUUGAGGAUCUGUGCCACAGUUUUCCAUCUGGAGAAUGGGCAUAACUGAUUCCCACCUCACCAUUGCAAUGGAGGAAGAAUUCCAGUUCCUGAUCUGCCAGGGAUGCCAGAAAGAACCCAGAAAUCCUAAGCUCCUGUCCUGCCUUCACACCUUGUGCUCCAACUGCCUGGAAGAGAACAAGCCUGUUGGCCAGUGCCCCAUCUGCCACACUCCCAUCCCACAAGCCAGUGGGAUCCCAGACCAGAACAACCUGCUCUUCGCCAAUCUGCAGGACAAGCUGAGCACCUACCAGAAGAUCGUCAAAGGCAGUGACCUGGUCUGUGACAACUGUAGGCAAGAGGGAGAGUUCUGGUGCUCUGACUGUGAGGAGUUCCUUUGUGUCAAGUGCUUUGAGACCCAUCAGAGGUAUCUAAAGCGAGAGAGCCAUGAGGCCAAGACGGUGAGGGAUCUCAGGGUGGGAUCUGCCAGGGAGUUCGUUGGUGGUUCCAGGAAGCUCAGUAACUUGUCCUGUCCCAAUCCAACCCAUGCGAACCAGAUGCUGAGCAUCUACUGCAGAGAAUGCCAAAAACCGAUCUGCUGCAUCUGUGCUCUGCUGGACAGCCGCCACAUGGGCAAGCACUGUGAUAUCAAGGUGGAAAUCCAGCAGAGGCUGCAGGAGCUGGGGAGCACGAGUGAAGAGCUGAAGAAGAAGGAGGAACUCUUCCAAGAUGCCUAUAGUAACCUGAAGAGCAAAGCUGACCACCUGGACCAAGUGACGACUGAAACCCAGGAGCUGAUCCGAAAGAGAGUCAAGCAGAUGGUUCAGCUGAUCAGAGAGAAGGAGCAGGAGCUGCUGGAGAUGACAGAGAGGCAGCACCACCUGGGGAACAAGGAGCUGGAGGGGAAGCUGCAGCAGACAGAAGCCGUGCUCAAGAGGAUGGGGGCCAGCAAGCAGCUGGUGGAGAAGAUGCAUCUCUACGCAUCAGACCAGGAGGUGAUGGACCUGCACUCCUUCAUCAAGGGGUCACUGGAGGAGUUCAGGAAGCUGCAGCCCCUGGCUGUGGGAGCCAGUGUGCAGGCUGGAGGCUUCGCCAAGUGUAAAGCCAGACUCCAGGCUCUGUUUGAAAGAGUGACUGGGGACAGAGAAGCUGCCCCAGCUAGAUCCAUAGAUAAUUCCAACAAGGCCCUUUCGUUGUCUUUACCAGCGAAGAGGAAAGGAGUCCAAACCGAGGCCCCUGCGAAGGUGAUCAAGACCGAAGCUGAUGCAGGCAAAUGGGAGCAAUCAGCAGGGAAGCACCAACAGAAUUUGCUGGAACAACCGGGGACCAGCUCCUCAACAGCAAGCAACUCUUCAUGUGUGACUGACAGCUUCAGUGCAGCCAAAGUAGCUGACUUGCUGGAAAAUAACAUCUAUGAACCAUGUGAGCCAGAUGAUCCCACGGAUUGUUUGAACAGCUCUGAUGGGGAUGACAGCGAUGAAGAGUCAACAGACUCUAGUCUGCCAGACGACAUCAACAGCAUCAGUUGUGAGAGCAGCAAGGGAGACAUCCUGGCCUGUCCUGCUGGCAGCCUGAGGGAGCUCAACAUGAGACAAGCAUCACUGCUCUUCUUUGACCUCAAGUUCUUGACGGCAAAUAAAGUCCUUCAGCUGGCUGUGGUGGAUGGAGAAAAGAACUUUACCAUCUUGAUUCAGCCUCUGAAAUCUUUGCCUGGCUUGAUCUCAAAAGGCAGUAUCUGUGAGAUUGGUGUGAAGACUUUAUUCCACUACCUCUACUCUGUCCACAAACCCAUCUUAGCAGGGUAUGACCUCUGGUCACCAGCCCUUCCUAUCCUGUUUCAAUCCCUGGAUCUCAUUAGCAAGAAAGAGGAGUUUAGUGCAGCUGUCUUUGGUUUCCUGGACAUCUUGCCCCUGAUUAAAGAGAAGAUCCCCAAGGCUGGGAGUUACAAAUUGAAGAACCUGGCCAACACUUACAUUUGGCGGCAGCUAAAUGAUAACAACCCCCUGGAAAACGCAAAGGCCCUUAGGGAUCUGUGCACAGUUCUAGAGAUUGAUCCAGUGGAGAACCCGAGGCCUGUGCUCACCUGCUCUAAUCUGGAAUGUUAUGCUUCCCUUCAGCCAUUGCUGAAUGAGAAACUUCUCACUAAGCCUUCGGUGCAGAUGCUGUCCAUGCACAACAUGAGCCUUUCCAAACUCCACACCUUAUACCUGAGGGAUCCUGAGAAAGGGCUGCAGAAGUUCUGCAGGUUCUUCAAUUCUCAGCUGCAGAGCUCUGAGAAGAAAAUCCGAAAGCUAAGUAAGAUCAAAGCCCAUUUCCAAAGCCCACAGCCAUCAGCUGGGCACCAAGCAGCGGCAACAAAUGAACUGCCAUGAGCAAUAAAGAGUGAGUCAGACUACUGAAGUACAUCUACAGCUCAGACAAAUAUAUCUGUGCAUGGCACCUCAGGCAUGAGGCUGAGCAGCAACAUUCCAGCUCUGAGGUCCAGACUCCACCAGAAUUCAAGAAGUUCAGAUUCACCGUUUUCAGUUUGGCCCAUUAGCUAGAGCAGGGCCUGUAGCAAAGCUCACAUCUAGAUCUGAACUAUGAAUUUCUGGGUUGCUUGGAUCAGGUGUUCUGGGGGGCGGGGGACUCUUCCCCCCCCCCCCUUGUAUUUAUUUCAUAUACAAAACUUUGUUAAGCUGAGGUGCUUAGGGCACUAGCCUAGGACUUGGGAGACACGGGUUCAAGUCCCUGCUCCACCACAGACCUCCUGUGUGACCUGGGGCAAGUCAUGUAGACACUCUCUGCCUUAGUUUCCCAUCUGUGCAUUGGGGAAAAUAGUCUCGCCCUGCCUCACUGGAGUGUUAGGAGGCAGUGGUUAUGUCCUAUUCAGGCCUGUCUGUAAAGGCCUAUACUCUAAGAAUUUAGGUGUAUUCUUAUCACUUGGCUAGUUCUAGAGGUAUAAAAGAAUCAAAAUCACUGUCUGCCAGCGUAAGGGCCUUCUCUUACUGUGACAGUCUGAGGCCCUGUUCUGAGUCUAAGGCCUUUGGCUAAGCAGCAGAGGCAGCCACAAGCUAGGAAGCGACCGGUCACAUCCUCACAUUUCAACCUAGUCACAUUGAAAUAAGGUGCUAUUGGGCUGUUAGGAAUACAACCCUGUCCUGAUAGUGCCUAUUGCCUCUAGAGAAAGGGAAGUGCCUAGAAGAUGUAAAAGGAAACUUAAUUUGAUAGCAUCCUGUCUGGCAAGAACUCACUUAUCAAUAGCUGGGAUGUGAAAUCCUCACUUCUGUAUUGUUUUAUUAUAGUUCCCACUUUGCUAUUGUUUGUCUGUAUAAUCUCUGUCUGGUUCUGUGAUUGUUCCUGUCUGCUGUAUAAUUAAUUUUGCUGGGUGUAAACUAAUUAAGGUGGUGGGAUAUAAUUGGUUAAAUAAUCAUGUUACAAUAUGUUAGGAUUGGUUAGUUAAAUUUCAGGAAAAUGAUUGGUUAAGGUAUAGCAAAGUAGAACUCAAGUUUUACGAUAUAGUCUGCAAAAAGAAAAGGC